UGUCAGCAGCUCAGUCAGUCAGUGUUGUUGUGCGCUGCAGAGGACACACAGCUGUGAUUAUGAUUCAAUAUAAUGGAGAAAAAUGGGGAAAUCCCGGAUUGAGAUUACUGAGUACACCUACAGAGACUUGGACUGGACGUAAAGGAGCCACAGGCUUUUAAUCCCGCUGCAGAUAUAUGUUGUUUUUCUGGAUAAAACGCAGUGAAGUUUGGAGGAUCUUUGUCAUCCCGGACUGAACACCAGAAGGGGCCUGAAGUUCUGCGCUAGCUACGUUAGCAUCUAGCUCUAGCUGUGGACUGUCUUGUUGUUAUCCAGUGGGAGGUAGAGUUAUAACUUCAUGUGUGAUUAUGUGUGAUGCAUAACCAGUGACAGUGUCUUUCAGUAACUAUCGUGUCUGUUGACUGCUAGGCAACCAGUUAGCACCAGUGCUAUUAAGCUAAGCUAGCUGGCUAGCUCUCUCUGUUGUUCCCAACUGCUAAUUCAGCCUCUCUUUAAAUGGGAACAAAAUAGACAGCUAAGGUUAUUUUGUUUGCUUACUUGGUAGAAAACAUAUCUCAGCAGAGAUAUCUGCUCAUAAAAUCUGAAAAAAUGCCUUUUUAUUAUAAUUAUAAUCCCACACAAUAAGCAUGUUUUUCUUCCCUACAUAGACUUUUACAAGAGUCACACAGUUACACUUUGAUUGCUUUUGUUUUCAAAUAUAUGUUAAUCUGUCAGAGAUAUCUGCUCAUAAAAUCUGUGGCUUAUUAUAAUUACCAUUACCAGCAUGUUUUUCUUCCCUACAUAGACUUUUGGCACCAAGAGUCAUACAGUCUGGAUACAGCUUUAGUUACACUUUGAUUGCUUUUCAAAUAUAUGUGCUAAUCUGUCACAAAGAUAAUGUUUGUUUUGGCACAAGAAAGAACUUCAGUGUCAGAUUGUGGUGAUUAUUUAUAAGCUGUCAGUCAUCAAUGUGAAAGACAAUACCAGUUGUUUACAUUAGUUAUUUUCCCAUCCCACUGAGCACCACCUAUAUAACCAAACUACUUACUUUCAACAAUAAGGAUGUUUUGCUUUUCAGAGCCACAUUUUUGGCACCCACUUUGUUUUUCAACUAGGACAUUCCUGUGAGACUGGCAGACUUUUUUUAAGUCUGAAAAUUGCACACAAUUUGGAAGACUGUUAAAUUUGCCUGGCAAAACAAAACAAGGACUUUAAGCUGGUGGACACACACACACCAUUCAGCAAGUUCAUGGGAUAAAAAAGCCUUUUUUUUGUUCCAGUUAGUAGAAUUAACACACAAGGGGGGGUUACCCAUCCUUGUGUCGACGGUGGGAAGUUUACAGUCAUCUUCAGCCCUCCUGGGCUCAGAUGUGAUGCACGAUGGGCACCCAGGGCAGCCCAGUGAAAAGCUACGACUACCUGCUCAAGUUCCUCCUGGUGGGAGACAGCGAUGUUGGCAAAGGAGAGAUCCUGGACAGCCUGCAGGAUGGAUCAGCCGAGUCCCCCUAUGCUUACAGUAGUGGUAUCGACUAUAAAACCACCACCAUUCUUCUGGACGGGAGGAGAGUAAAGCUGGAGCUUUGGGACACCUCAGGACAGGGGAGGUUUUGCACCAUCUUCCGCUCAUAUUCCCGCGGGGCUCAGGGGAUCCUGUUGGUGUACGACAUCACCAACCGGUGGUCCUUUGAUGGAAUCGACCGGUGGAUCAGAGAGAUCGACGAGCAUGCUCCAGGUGUGCCUCGAAUCCUCGUUGGGAACCGUCUACAUCUGGCCUUCAAACGGCAAGUUCCCACCGAGCAGGCGAGGGCGUACGCCGAGAAGAACGGCAUGACCUUCUUCGAGGUGAGCCCGCUGUGCAACUUCAACGUCAUCGAGUCCUUCACGGAGCUGUCGCGUAUCGUCCUGAUGAGGCACGGCAUGGAGAAGUUCUGGAAGCCCAACAGAGUGUUCAGCCUCCAGGACCUCUGCUGCAGAGCCAUCGUGUCGUGCACGCCGGUCCACCUCAUCGACAAGCUCCCGCUGCCCGUCGCCAUCAAGUCCCACCUCAAGUCCUUCUCCAUGGCCAACGGCAUGAACGCCGUCAUGAUGCACGGACGCUCGUACUCGCUGGCCAACCCGGCCGGCGGCUCCAAGGGCAACAGCUUGAAGCGCUCCAAGUCCAUCCGUCCGCCGCAGAGCCCCCCGCAGAACUGCACCCGCAACAACUGCAAAAUCUCCUAAUUAACGGCUUCCUCGGGGGGUGGGGGGGUCCGUAAGAGACGCUGACAGCAAGGGACCAGGAGACGGAUGUACAGGAUGUAGUUAGUUGGAGGAUAAGAGCACAUCCCUGAACCUGAAGAGCUGAAGAGCAGGAAUGACGGAUAAAGGGAUGAAUGAGUGCUACCUCUCACCUUCAUGUUAAAGAGCAUGAAGUACUUUCCAGAUAUCGGAGGAGAACGACUACGAACUGAUUCUCACUACGACCAACUGCUCAAUGAGAGAAAGAGAUGCUGGAGUUUUAACUACAUGUACAGAAACACAUUUAGCUUCUCUACAUGAUGCACGCCUCGUUGUGUCGGUGCGUCACAGAAACCACCUCAAGAUCAACUCUUCACUUACAUGUCUCACAUUUCUGGUUAUAAUUCCACCUUUUUCUGUCCACACCUCGCUUUACUUGCUGUUUUAAUGACCAAUAAGCUAAUGAUCGAGACACUAGUAACCAGUCAGUCCUUUUAUGAUCAUUGUUUAUCAGCUGGCUGUAACGGUUGUGUUUGAACACUCAUUGUGCUUUGGAAGUUGAGAUGUUUUAUUUAGUAACACUCGUUGAAGGGAAAUCUUGGCGACAAGAUGAGUGAAGGGUUCCUGACUCCCCUAAAAUCCCCUAAAAGACGCAACCUGGUCCAGAUCUCAGGUCCAGACUUGCUGGUGUGUCUUGGGUCGAUAUAAACACAUGCUGCAUUUUUUAUUUCACCUGCAACAAACCAGCUUAAAGCACAAAAAAACAACCAUGAAUAUGAAAUUCCCCAGUAACCAGACCUCACUUUACAGUUUUAGGUUUCUAUUAUAAUUCUGUGGUUUACACGGCCGCCUGCUUUGACGAGGAAUCCAGUGAUGCUUGUUGCCAUGGAUACUACUCAACGCUAUAAAAAUGAGUAUCCUAUUUAAGGUCUCUCCGCCUUUUUGUGUAAUUUAUUUUUAACUUGUUGCCACAAGAAAAAUAGUCGAUCGGAGAAGGCAACAAUAUUCUAUAUGUCUCAUAUUUGUCAACAAAUCCCAUUGAAAGCUGCUGAUGUUUUCUUUUUGGCCCAAGUGCUUCUGGGAGUUGUAGUCUGAAGAGGAAAAGCGUCACCCAGGGGUGCUGUCUGGAUCUAGGCGGAGAUUAGCUGUUGCCACACCUGUUAAUUCUUGUUUUUCUGUCCUGAUGUGUUUUCCUUCACUGUUAGCGGUGGAGCGAGCAGGAACCUGGAGGGAAAGGAAGCGUAGAAACUGUCCUCGGAUUAUGGCGAGUUUGGCAGUGAAAGGUCUGAUGAGUGUAAACAGAAACCCGUCAGACUAGCUGGACAGCAUCGUGUCGGGUAAAGUGGAAUAUUUCAAAUGUUGACAGUAAACAGUGACCCGUGUUUGUCAGUUUUUCUCUGAACGUCACUCUCUCCCUUUCAUGAGCAGCUCCUUGUCUCCCACAGUGUUAACUCAAACUGGUGGUUUAUUUUACACUUGGAUUGAUAGAAGUGAUCCCGUCAGCUUUGUUAUUUAGAGCUGAAACUAUUUGUAAUAGAUCGACAGAGAAUUAAUUGCCAAAUAUUUAGAUUUUUCAAUUAAUCGUUUCAGCAGAAAUACUAAACAUUUGUUGUUUUAAACAUUAGAAAUUGUGAGGAUUAGGAAAUUGUGACACAUUAUAGACCAAACUUCCAGGCAGCCAGUAGUUUCAAUGAAUUUCAAACAAACAGGAAGAUAUAGUGCAUUUGUUGGGGACUAUUUUCAGCGGCGUAUUAAUCCACAUUUGGACAGAGGAAUAAGAGGAAUCAGGCUGUGGACACACAUACACAGUACUUGUUAGUUGUGUGUUAGUUUUGGACAUUUCAUGGGAUUUGUUGACAAUAAGAAAAAUACAGACUAUCACCAGCCUUCUGUUUGAAAUAUGAGCGCUGAUCAUCAUCAAUAUAGUUUAUCAUGAGUCAUCAAUAUAGUUUAUCAUGAGUCAUCAAUAUAGUUUAUCAUGAGAAAAAGAUUAGCAUCCACAUGUUUCCCCCUCAUGUUCUCACUCCUUGCUGCAUUCAUGUCCAAUGGGAAACGGCAGAUACGAGUUGUAAAUGUUGUUCAACAACAGGGAAGCAUGAGCUUCAACGUGUCAGUCAGUUGUUAAAAGGUAAUCGGACUGAACCAACAGUUCGAACAUGCGAACUCUUCCAAGUCGCUGCUUUUUAAC